AUGAGUGGCAUGCUCUACCAAGCCUACAUGAAAUGGCACCCCAUCCCUCUCCCACCGUCCGACAGCUUCAAAGACCAAGCCAUCCUAGUAACCGGCGGAACCAGCGGCCUAGGUCUCGCAGCCGCCGUACACUUCGUCAACCUAGGCGCAUCCGAGGUCAUAAUAACAAGCCGCAGCGCAUCUCGCGCCAAGGCCGCUCUCGAAACCAUAGAAAAGGAGACAAAGGGUCGCAGUAGAGAUCGCGUCCGCGUCUUAGAUCUCGAUAUGAGCCACUAUGCCUCGGUCGUUGCGUUCGCGCAGGAAGCUAAGAAAAUCAGGGCGGGAAAGGGGGGUAUCGACUUUGCGGUGUUGAAUGCCGGUAUUUUAAACAUGGAAUUUUCGCUUGGCGACGAGGGAUCAGAGCAGAACGUCAAAACCAACGCCCUCAGCACAGCGCUCCUAGGCUUUCUCCUCCUGCAGUGGAUGAAAACAGAGCGUCCUAACCGCUCAGCACCUGCACAUCUAGCCGCGGUCGGGUCAUCACAGCACUUAGCCCCGAAUACCAAUGACUGGACAAAAUGGGCCUCAGAAACCGGCAUCCUGGAGCACUUCAACAAACCCGAGAACUGGCCCGGGUCUAGCCCCAUGUACGGCGCCACGAAGCUUCUGGCGCAAUAUGCCGUAAAUGAGCUGGUCGAGAUGUCACUAGGUCCGGAUGGACGCCCAGAAGUCAUCAUAAACACCAUGUGCCCCGGCAUCGUGAGGUCAGACUUACCGCGACAAUUCAUGAAUCAGAGUGUAGGCUAUCGCAUCUUCAUCGCGAUAUACUUCAGCAUAUUCAGUAAGACGGCCGAGAACGGUGCGAGGACGUACGUGGCGACUGGGUUGACUAAGGAGAACGAACAUGUGAGCGAUAUUUCUCUUCCCCUUCGUCUUUAUUAUUUACCUACCUACAAGUUGGUUCGGACAGCUGACAUCGUGGGGUUCAACGUACAGGGGAAGUUUAUCAGGUUCUACGGUUCCGAGGCCGAGUAUCGAAAAAAAGCAGAAAUACUAUUGACAGGAGAGGCUGGCAGGAAAAUGCAAGCCCAAGUCUGGUCUGAGAUGAAGGCUGAUUUUAUCGCCAAAAUUCCCAACGCGAAGGAAGUGUUGGGAUUAUAG